AUGUCCCAUGCGAAAGCAAGAGCAUUAGCGACAAAGGCUCUCGAGAAGAAGAUAUCCUCAAGGGAUCCCGAAUCUGCAUGGCUGGAACAGAGCGGGCUUCUCGGUGUUCCUAAGAGCCUCCCGCAAGAGUCCCAUGACAUUAAAAGCCUAACAUCCCCGAAACUACCUAAAGCCAAGCGAGGCCGCGGUAAGAAGAAGAAGUCGGAAGAGGACAUGUACAUGGACGACCUCCUGCUUUCCGACGAGGAAUUUGGACAUGCCGGAGGCCUUCAGAGAGCGGAACGCUGGAUCCCUGAUAUGCAGCACCGACGCCGGCUAAACCAGAAGCCCAAAAACGUACCCUCUCAGUUAUGGAUGUCCUACUGCCUCAUGGAUGACUAUAUGUAUAGGCAAUCUCUGGCUGACGAGGAGGUUCUGGCGCUUCCACUUAUGGACGAUGUCUUGGAGUUUCAACACGGCGGUAGCAGCGAUAAGGCAGUUCCACCGCCUGGCUUUCAGUGGAACGAAAAAAGGAGAUUGGUACCUAUUCUAGAGAAUUGA